GUCUGACCGCAAACUCUUUCGUGGCUCCUCUGAAAAUAAUCUCCCCCCUUUUUCUCUCUCCGUUUACCUCAAUUGAGUUUCCAGCCCUUUUGUUCGCUCUUCUUAUCACUUGGAAAAAGGUGAACCCUCGUGUUAUUUUUAUUUUAAUCUUUGCUUUAAUUGUAGUUUUUACCCUUGUGGUCCCUGAUGGCUUCGCACAGUGAUACUCUGGUGGUGUUCUUUGGGGCAACAGCUGGUGCAAAUGGGGGUAAACUGGGUUCGGAUGAGAGGGAAAUAAUUCUCUUGGUGUGGCAAAUUGUGGAUCUACAUGAGAAAAAGGUCGGGAAGCUCCAUAGAUGUCUUGUCAAGCCCGACACUUUGGAGCUGACAGACCAGUGUAAAGAGGAGACGGGACUGACUCUGGACGACAUUGUCAAAGCUGAGCCCCUGGACAAAGUCCUGCAACAGUUCCAGCAGUCAGUGUCAUCAGAAGUGAAAUCCCUCGGCAGGAGCUCUUGCACACUCUGCGUCAACAGUCCCCUUGUCAUCCGACAGGCCCUCCACCCCGAAGCUUCCAAAAAGAAUCUAGUCCUUCCUGAAUGUUUCUUUUCAUUUGUGGACGUGAGAAAAGAGUUUCACAAAUGCUGCCCCAGUGCCGGCCCUGUGCAGAAGCUCACCCUCACCUCCAUGUUGGAAUAUGUUGGUCUUCCUGCUGUGUCAGAACAGUUGGUGGGUGUGAGGGAGGUGAGAAGCAUGGUGCAGCUGACGCUCUGCAUCCUGGCUGAGCCCUACAAUCACAAAUUCUCCUGUGUCGAAACUGUGAAAUACAAGUUCGAUUCCGGCACAUGCAGUAAGACCGAGCCGGUGGACAGUGAGACAGUGAUCAGAGCGCGGGGGCUCCCAUGGCAGUCAUCAGACCAAGACAUUGCUCGCUUCUUCAAAGGCCUCAAUAUUGCCAAGGGUGGCGUGGCCCUGUGUCUUAAUGCUCAGGGCAGGAGGAACGGCGAGGCCUUAGUUCGUUUCAUCAACUCAGAACACAGGGACCUUGCCCUGGAGCGCCACAAGCACCACAUGGGCAGCCGCUACAUCGAGGUCUACAAGGCCACAGGAGAGGAAUUCCUCAAGAUUGCAGGAGGUACAUCUAAUGAGGUGGCCCAGUUCCUGUCCAAAGAGAACCAGGUGAUUAUCCGUAUGCGGGGGCUGCCGUUCACUGCCACAUCCCAGGAAGUGCUGUCCUUCCUCGGUCCCGAGAGCCCAGUUACAGAUGGUGCCGAGGGUCUGCUCUUUGUCAAGUACCCCGACGGACGACCCACCGGUGACGCGUUUGUGCUCUUCUCCUGCGAAGAAUACGCCCAGAAUGCCCUAAAGAAGCACAAGCAGAUCCUGGGGAAGCGGUAUAUCGAGCUGUUUCGGAGCACUGCGGCUGAGGUGCAACAGGUCCUGAACCGCUACAUGUCCACACCUUUAAUCUCCACACUGCCCCCUUCUCCCAUCGUGCCUGUCCCAGUCCUCGCCACGCCUCCCUUCCUUCCAGCGGCCAGCAGCACUCGCGACUGUGUUCGUCUGCGUGGUCUGCCCUACACCGCCGGCAUUGAAGACAUCCUGGAGUUCAUGGGAGAGCACACCAUUGACAUCAAACCCCACGGAGUCCACAUGGUCCUCAACCAACAGGGUCGACCCUCUGGCGAUGCCUUCAUCCAAAUGAAGUCACCUGACAAAGCAUUUAUGGUGGCCCAGAAGUGCCAUAAAAAGACAAUGAAGGACCGGUAUGUCGAGGUGUUCCAGUGCUCCACAGAGGAGAUGAGCAUCGUGCUGAUGGGAGGAACCCUGAACCGCAGCGGCCUCUCUCCUCCACCCUGCAAACUUCCCUGUCUGUCUCCCCCCACAGCCUAUGCUGCCUUCCCCACCCCACCUGCCAUUCUCUCUGAGGCUGCCCUCUACCAGCCCCCCCUGCUGGCUGCUCCCAGACCUCCUCAGACCACUGCACACAGCCCUGCUCACACUCUGGCUUACUACCCUCCUCAACCACACCUGUACAUGAAUAUGAACAUGAACUACACGGCUUACUACCCCAGUCCCCCAGUUUCUCCCUCCACAGUUAGCUACUUUGCAGCUCCACCUGGAGCAGUGGCAGCGGCAGUGACAGCCCCGCCCCACCCCGUCUCGGCCGCCGCCUCUCCUGUGCUGCCCCAGCCUGGCGCCCUGGUCAGGAUGCAGGGUCUGCCCUACAACACCGGAGUCAAGGACAUCCUCAGCUUCUUCCAGGGAUACCAGUACGCCCCUGACGAGUACAGCGGCGUGGUUCAGAUGAGCGAACAGGCCAGGAGUCUGAUUCAGCCCAAAGAGUGGCUCUGUCUUUAGGGACUCACCCCAAGCUCCAACCAGAUGCCGUUCUCAUCUUGUACAACUUCAGUGGCCAGUGCAGCGGCGAGGCCUUGAUCACCUUCCCUAGUGAGGAGAUCGCCAGGCAGGCUGUAGCCGAGCGCUCCAACCACCCCUUCUACGGCCAGCAGGUCCACUUGGUCUUCUGUAACUGACCACUAGCCCACUGUCUGUCUCCUCCUCCCUCGAUUUAACCUCCCAUCGAAGAGCAUUCAUCUCCCAGCUUCCCCAUAAAACCUGAACAAACUCGAUGAGUUUGAUCCCAGUUUUACAUAAAACACCUACUGAAACUUUUACCAUUUCUGUGAUCUGCCAUUCGUUAAUAGACACCUCACACUGCUGGCCCUGACACUCCAGAAGCUGUUGUUGGAGUUUGAUCAUCCACAGGUGAAGCAGCACAGGUCAUUAAAGCUUUGCCUCGUGCUAAUGACUUUGUGGAUGUUGUGCAUAGCAUUACUGUGUGUUUGCACCUACUGUAAUAGCUGGUUGUGGAAAGGAGAUGGUGUGGAGCCUGGACAAAUCCUGAACAGUGGCUCUGUGAAUUUAAAUGCUCUAUACACUGUAUUUGUGCUCCCGUAUAACUGGACAGAUUUCCAUCCUGAAAUGCUUGAGGCUAUACAAACCACUUCUGCUCAUACUCUUUUCUGUACGUUGCUGAAUUUUCACUCUUGACCACUAGAUUUUGGUUUAUGAUAGUUGUUGCUAUUUGUGUUCGCUCUGUGCAACAAACACAGAUGCGUGUAUGUGCGUGCACAAUGUUUAUUCAUUUGAUGGUCUCCAGUGGUGCCAUUGAAAAGCUGAUUUAAAAAAAAAAAAAAAAAAAAAAAGCCAUAAAGACUGACGGACUACUGAAAUGAGGAGUGUAUCUCAGACUCUUUAGCUAUCAUUUGAAUUCAUUUGAACUAACCUUGAGCUGCAGGGACUGUUAGUUAAAACUGUAUAAAACUCUGUAUAAAGCAUUUAUGUCUGACGUAUAUCAUCCCAUUGAGACCUUUUCCAAGCACUACAGAUUUGUUUUUUUUUUUCUUGCUCCAAUCAAUGAGUUAAAGAACUGCUCGUCCGAGUAGCAUGAUGAACUUUUUAUUAAUCCCAUUUCUUUACAAAAGUAGAUAUUUUGUUAUUAAAUCUAAAAAGGACACAGAUGUAUCCUGAAGUCUUUUAUAAUGAUCAACCUCAGCUGGUGUACAGUUUCUUUUCUGUGUGUUUUUUUUUUGGUUUGUUUCCAGACUAUUUAUAAAUAUCAGUCUGUAGCAUCUUUAAUUCCUGCUUAUGACCGGAGUACUGUGGUAAACCUGCAUGAAUUUUCCUCUGAUGAGACCUGUUGACACCCGUCUUAGUUUUUUUCCUCAUCUAUACUGUGCCUACAUUACCCAGAGUGCAAUACUGGUCCAAACAGGGCUAGGUCAACCUCUGGUGGCAGAGGAGAUACUUCCUUUUUGUUGCAAGGUUGAAACUUGCUUGAAUUUAGCUCUGUGUAAAUUAGAUAAACACUGUAAAUGAUAAAAAUGUUGAAAAUGAUCCAUGUUGCAUUUGGUCUCAUUUAAAGAGAUGAAUUCAUAAGACAUCAGUAAAACUAAUGAUAACAUGUUACCCCCACAUUAAAAAAAAUCUUUCCAUAAAGGGAAGAAAUACACUUUAAAAGAUGUAUGGACAGUCUUUAGCUUAGCAUGCAGUGUGUAAUGCAGUUAUUAAUAAAGGUAAAAAAAAAAAAAAAAAAAAAAAA